CUUUUUUUCUUUUUUUCUUCUUUUUUUAAUAUAUAUGUAUAUAUAUGAUAUAUAAAACAAAUCAACAAGAAAGAACGAGCGCUAUCAAAGCGCAAUGGAAUCGACUGGUGGGUGCGCGCGUCGGCGAUGUUCCCCUAGGACAGACAGACUUAGAGGUCGAUUGAGUUUCAAAUUUGCAGAGGGAGCGGAAGGACCUCAGAGAACUAGCUCUGAAGCGCGAGCAAGAAGCAGAAAUAGCUAUGUGCGCGAAUCAAUGCUGAAGCAGCAUGUAUUGUAUAUAAUUUGUAUUCUGAAUGAACGGAAUCGAGCCAGGCGAUUCAGGAGCAGCACAGCGGACGACAAAUCCGGACAGGACAGGGACGUAGGGGCUGCUCGGCAGCCUUUGAAGGAGUGAAGAAUUGGCUGCAGGAAUGAUUUCCUUUCCGAGACCCAGUUAAGGAGCGACAAAAGGGUCUAGGAUAUCGAAUGUCGACGGCGGUAAUGAAGGGAUGUUCGACUGGUGCGUGUUUGGAGAAACCCCCCAAAAAAUUGAGUGAGGGCAAGUGGGCGUUUUUAAGGCCCAAGAGGAGGCAGCCCGAGGUCGUCGACACAAGGAGUGAAUGGGAGUCGAGUGGAACCACGGGAGGCGAGUGGGCCCGGGGGCCCAGCGCCCAGGCCCCGGCGGACCACAGGGGGCAGCCGAACCCCUGGCAGCCCGGCGACCAGGGGCUCCCACUGGCUGGCUGGCGGUGGCUCCAGUGGCUCCAGUGGCUCCAGGCGUGGCUCCAGGCGUGGGGCUGCAGGCGUGGCGGCGGUGGCUGCGACGUGGACGGGCAUGACAGGACGGGCGAUGACAGCAGCGCACUUCCCGUCACCCGAUGA